AAUCACCGAUGAUACUCAAUUCCUUUUACGUUCAAGAUGGCGGGUGAUGAGUCUGGAGUAACGCUGGGUCAGCCACAUCUUUCCAAACAAGAUCUAAAUUCUCUGGAUGUUUCCAUCCUGACCCCUCUCUCUCAAGAGAUCAUCAGCCGACAAGCCACCAUCAACAUUGGCACCAUUGGUCAUGUGGCCCACGGGAAGUCGACUGUGGUCAAGGCCAUUUCAGGGGUUCACACGGUCCGCUUCAAAAAUGAGCUGGAGAGGAACAUCACCAUCAAAUUAGGUUAUGCCAACGCCAAGGUGUACAAGCUGGAUGACCCCAGCUGCCCCAGGCCGGAGUGCUACAGGUCGUGCGGUUCCAGCACUCCGGAUGAGUUCCCGACAGACAUCCCCGGAACCAAGGGCAACUUCAAACUCGUCAGACACGUGUCCUUCGUGGACUGUCCCGGCCACGACAUCCUGAUGGCCACCAUGUUGAACGGUGCGGCUGUAAUGGAUGCCGCCCUCCUCCUCAUUGCUGGUAACGAGUCGUGCCCCCAGCCCCAGACGUCUGAGCACCUGGCUGCCAUAGAGAUCAUGAAGCUCAAACACAUCCUGAUCCUCCAGAACAAGAUCGACCUGGUGAAGGAGAGCCAGGCCAAGGAGCAGUAUGAACAGAUCCUGGCCUUCGUGCAGGGUACAGUGGCUGAGGGGGCACCUAUCAUUCCUAUCUCAGCCCAGCUGAAAUACAACAUAGAGGUGGUUUGUGAAUACAUUGUCAAGAAAAUCCCUGUCCCCAUCAGAGACUUCACCUCAGAACCUAGACUCAUUGUGAUCCGGUCAUUUGACGUCAACAAGCCUGGUUGUGAGGUGGAUGACCUGAAAGGAGGCGUGGCUGGAGGCAGUAUUCUAAAAGGCGUGCUUAAGGUGGGUCAGGAGUUGGAGGUGCGUCCAGGCAUUGUGUCGAAGGAUCAGGACGGAAAGCUGAUGUGUAAGCCCAUCUUCUCCAAGAUCGUCUCCCUGUUCGCCGAGCACAAUGACCUGCAGUACGCAGCACCCGGGGGGCUCAUCGGCGUGGGUACUAAGAUUGACCCGACCCUGUGCAGAGCGGACCGUAUGGUGGGCCAGGUACUGGGAGCAGUGGGUGCACUACCCGAGAUCUUCACGGAGCUGGAAAUCUCCUACUUCCUGUUGCGGAGGCUUCUGGGAGUCCGCACUGAAGGAGACAAGAAGGCUGCCAAGGUCCAAAAGCUGUCCAAAAACGAGGUGCUGAUGGUGAACAUCGGCAGUCUGUCUACCGGCGGCAGGGUCAGUGCCGUGAAGGCUGAUCUGGCCAAGAUCGUCCUCACCAAUCCUGUCUGCACCGAGGUCGGAGAGAAAAUUGCGCUCAGCCGCCGGGUGGAGAAACAUUGGCGUCUGAUUGGCUGGGGCCAGAUCAGGAGGGGCGUUACCAUUACCCCAACGGUGGAUGAUGACUGAGUACCUAACUGGAAAUGUCUCCAUGGCAACUCCCUCUGGACUAGACAACAUGCCCAACAUACUCCUUUUCAUACACACGCCUGUACAGCUGCUGAGAGCGAGAGAUACACGCCCCCCGACAGGGGGGGAGGAUUGGGGAGGGGGGGAGGCUGCAUCUUAAAAUGGCUAUCACUUUCUCUCCUGUCUCAUCUGCAAAAGAAAUGGGACAGACGAAAGUUGUCUUUUAGGCCUCUGACCUGUGUUUUUUUUAUUUUUUUCCUCCAUAUUUGUGCAGAUGAGGACUGGAAGCCACAGUAGGGUGUUGAGGUGCAGCCGGGGGGGGGGGGGGGGUUAGUAGGUCUGGCGUUUUUAAGUUGAAAUCUCCUACGAUGUACCGGGGCUGAUGGAACGGGGGCAACGCUCACAACACUAAACACAGAAAUGUAAUGGAUAGAGCUAAGAUGACUUGAGUCCCAGUGAUUUCCACAUGUCAGAGAAUCUUGUCUAUUUUAAACAUUUCUAUCUGGAUGUACAGAUGUAAGCGUUGCUCCCUUCUGAGUGAGCUCCGCGUCAGACCGUAUCACACGGACGAUUGGGCUGUGUGUGUGUUCUGCUAUCAACCGCUUUCAGUGGCUCUAAUAAAAUACACAUUUGGAACAAAA